AUGCUUUGUGCAGUAACGAGGCUCAGCGCCCGAUCGUCCUUGAGAAGAUAUAAUGUAUCAUUGGUCGAGUGCCAGGAUGUAUAUCCAUUUUUAGUGCUACCAACUGCUUCGUGUAACACGGACUUGUCAGCAGCCCCAAGCCACUCGUCCCAACCAACAGCUGUUGGUAAGAACCUGCCAGAGCCUUGCGAUGAUAAAGUUGGUGGAUUUUUAAUUCUGCCUCUGUUAUCCGCAGAUCUAGUAAUAGUAGCACCAUACCCAUAUGUAUGGUUCACUCCAGUUGUCCUUAUCGGCGGAUUGAUUGCGACAGGACUUAUCGCUUUCCUCAGUGUAGCUACUCUAGGCUAUGAGACCGUCUCUACGGCUACUUCCCACCCCAACGUAACCAGCGAGAAUCGCGAUCCCUUCUCCAACUGGCCUUCCUUUCUCACAGCGAAUACAAAGUCUAUUUGUUCCGCAACCACAAUCACCAUUGGCACUGGCUUCUACACUAAUAACACAGCCCUCAAGUAUACAAUCACCAAGAUCUGGCGAGGCGAUAAUCCCAACUCUCCAGAUGAACUGUUAGGGUCGUUGCCAUACCUCAGCAACCCCCUUGAAAACUGCGCUGUGAGUGGCAUCACCAUCGGGUUCGAGGCUUUAGAGCGGAGUUCCUGGGAGAUCUCACAACAGAAAUGGAGUGCAAAAUUAAAAGCGUCCAUCUCUUAUCAGGCUAACACGCCUGGCGGUAGGACUACUCUCAAUAUGACAACAACGUACAACUAUAACGGCAUCGAAUAUGAUGAAAAGUCUUCAUUUUCAGGUCGCAAUGAGACUACCAAGGCUAGCCUUUGGUGGGGAGAGCCUAUGCUUGCACGGUAUUCUAUCGCCCUCACGAACGACAUGCACUUCGCUAGUGAAAAUAUCAAAGCUCUUGACUUCUUUCAAGUCAGCUGUUUCUUCGUCACAUUUAACAAUAAUGGAGUCUCACCCGCCAUUUACUUCUGCGACACCAACGAGAUGGAGAAACUAUCUCGAGCCAACGAAAGCGAUUCUUACAGGCCCCUCCCUGACUCUGGACCUAACAUUCUCGACAACGUUGAGCUCUGGACGCAGUCCACGAGCAGCUAUGAAGUUAUCCGAGAUCGUAAUUAUACUUGGGGCAACCAUCUCAGAGUCGAUGGGGCGUUUGGGCUAGCCGAUCGUGCAUUCACCGGAGAGGACAGUUCUGCGAGGAAUCUCAGAAUCAAUCCAUCCGUCAUCUCCACAACACUCGUUUGUCAGAUCCCUCGCCUGAAGAGUACACCGUCCCUGGUUGCGUCUGUCAUUAUAAACACUCUUGUUAUUCUGUCAACUCUGUGGAAAUUGUACAAGUUCAUCAUUGAUGCUCCUCUCCCAAGAAGACAUCCGGAGAUGAUGAACUGUGCUGGAUACACUGCAACGAUGCCAAAGGAAGCAGAAGGUGGAGUUGCGUAUUCUUCUAGACAAUCACCCCAGAGCAUGGGAAUGCCGAGUCGGGUCAAAUCGCGUUACUCUUCUAUACGACAAGAGGAAGAUCUCUAG